AACGUCUUCGUCUCUUUUCAUGUCUUUUUUUAUUUUGCAGAUUUCAGCCUAAAAUGCAUUAAAGAUAAACAGAUCCCAAUUACCGUUACCGUCGUCGUCACAGCUUUGAUCAUCGCCGUAAUUGCGCUGGCGGCCAAGAAGACUCCUCCCUGCCCACGCUGCCCGCCCCACGUCACUGCUGCGUGCCUGGACGGCUGGGUUGGAUACCAAGGGAACUGCUACUUCUUCUCAGAGACUGAAGGGAACUGGAGCACGAGCCAGAGCCACUGCUCUUCCCUCAACGCCUCCCUGGCUUCGAUUGAGUCCCUGACGGAGCUGGUAAGGAAGAGACACGCACAACCCCACACUGCUUCUCAUUGCAGGUUUCCGGUCAGAGGGGAAGGGCAGUGCGCCUACCUGAAUGAACAUGGGGUCAGCAGCUCCCGGUGCUACUCAGAGAGACAUUUCAUCUGCAAGCAGCCGGACGAGUGCUCUAGAAGGAAGCCAAGCGCCGCAGGAGGGGACACGAUGGCUAAGAUCACUUAAAGGGCCAA